AUGGGUUCCGCCUAUUCGUCUGCAGAUGAGUCUGACUCAGGGACAGCCCACCCCCAGGAGGUGGAGGUGGAGGGUGCUCAGAAAGGCAAAGAGGUCUCAAGGGACCCCUCCGUCGACCUACUCUUAGGUCAAUACAUCUUGAAGUUCCGAGACACCAUUGAGGAUCUUCCUGGUGAUCUUGAGGUAUUGACCACCUCCAUUGCGAAGGCCACAGACUGGGUUCUGCAGGCCAUGCACCACGAUCCACUCUCCAUCAAUGGGGGUGAUGCCUUCAUGGCUCAGAUGAUGUCCUUUGUGAACGCUGUCAUGGCCACUGACUUUAGUCGAAUUCGCGGACCAGGCAAACUCGACAACUUCUCGCUCGCCUCCCUCCUUGAGGCUGAGACAUCUUCUAAGGAUGAGCCAACCAUCCACCCAGCUCCCGUUUUCCGACCCCCUCCUGCUGCAGCCUGUGGGCCGCUCAAUGAGGGUGUUGACAUCAGCUAUGUCCACUAG